AGCAGCAAACACCAAACAGUGUUCAGCGAGUUCAUACGCUAGUUGGGGAGAACGGAGCAGGAGGAGUAAAAGUAAAAUAAACACCAAGAAGAAGAAACGUUGAGGAGAAGAUGAGUGUUUGUGUGGAGGAAGAGGGCGGAGCAGAGUCUUCAGGAUCCAGAUGUGUGACUAUCCAGAAUGACUGGUCCAGAUGUGAGCCUCCAUCAUUCAAUCCUGAACCUGGAGCCUCAGACACAAAAGGUCAGAAUCAGAGACAAAGGGCAGAACCUUCAGAACCCAGCUGUCUGUCUAUGAAGAGUGACAGGUCCAGACUUCAGCCUCUAGACCUCAGUAAUGAACCUGGAGCCUCAGACACAAUAGAGAAGAAGAGGAGUCGUGUUCCGGUGGAGGAGCAGCCGUCCUGCUGUAAUGUGUGUCAGGAGGUUCUGAAGGAUCCAGUCAGUAUCAGCUGUGGACACUGGAUCUGCAGACAGUGUAUCACUUCAUACUGGGACCAGCCUGGACCAUCAGGAGACUCCUCCUGUCCCCAGUGUGGGAAACGACCCAGAACUAGAGCUGGACCACAGACCAGCACCUCUUUUUCUCUUCUUCUUCUUCUUUCAGCAGCUGGUACACUGCAGGAGGCUUUAGAUGAACAUAAGCUCAGUCUGAGGAGCAGAUGUGAACGUGUGACUGAAGGAGGUGAAACAGGAAGUGGAGUCCUCCUCACCAGCAUCUACACUGAGCUCUACAUCACAGAGGGACAGAGUAAAGAGGUGAACACCCAACAUGAGGUGAGGCAGCUGGAGACAGCUUCCAAGAAGAAGACCCUCCAUGAGGCUCCCAUCAAGGUCCACCACAUCUUUAAAGCCUCCUCUGACCCACACGGACCCAUCAGACUGGUUCUGACCAAUGGCGUCGCUGGCGUUGGAAAAACCUUGUCGGUGCAGAAGUUCACUCUGGACUGGGCCGAGGGCCGGGAAAACCCAGCCGUCAGUGUGCUGGUUCUGCUGUCGUUCAGGGAGCUGAACCUGAUCAGAGAUCAGCAGCACAGUCUUCUCACGCUGCUCCAUGUUUUUGAUGUGAUGUCCAUGAUAUGAUGAUGUGAUGUGAUAUGAUGUCCAUGCAAUGCAGGAAAUGGGUGUGUCAAUGAUGGGCAUAUAAAUGAGAGGAGCCCUUUCCUGUUUGGGAAUGUUAACUGGCACUCAGGACAAGACUGAUAGUACUUUAGCAUGUCAGCAUCUUGCUGGGGCAAGUAAAACCAGGAAACCUAACAUGAUAAUGUUUUUGUUAAAUGUAACAGAUUUAAAUUAAUAAUUUAAUAUUAAUGCAAAAACAAUAAUAUUCCUCAAAGUUGGGGCACCAGGUUCUUAAGCUAGAACCACACUUUAAUUAACCUAGUUAAACACCAGAUAUCAAUUUAAUUAGUUAAUAGUUAUUAAUAUUCAUAAUAAUAAUAAUAAUUAUACUUUUUACUUGAUAAAACCAAAUCAGUCUCUAAUGUCAUGAGUUCUUGUCGCAGUGUCAGUGAGCUUUGUCUUUGUCUGAAGAACGAUGAACACAAAACCAGAUCUUUUUAACAUUUUAUUAUACUAAUACUACAGGAUAUAUGAAUAAAUAGAUAUGAAUAUAAGCACAUCUUAUAAGUAAUAAACAUGAAACAACCAGCGAUUAAUGAACAGAUAAAAUAAUGUGAAUGAAGGCAUGUGUGUAGAGUGAAUUUACCAGCUUUAUAUAACGGAUCAAUGAACAUAUGUAUGUCGAUGGAAAUGAACACUAUUGCUAUUACUAUUUAUUAUAACACUGUUAUGGUUUAGUGAGGCAGGUAAUCUUCUUUAUUAGAAGAAAAGUAUAUAUAUUUCUUACAUACUCCGCUUGUAAAAGCAAAACUGUUCAUCACAGUACGACAUUCAGCCUAAAACAUGUUGCUUGUUGGACUGCCGCACAGGACACUCACACACACACACACACACACACACACACACACACACACACACACACACACACACACACACACACACACACACACACACACAUAUAUAUAUGUGUCUUUGGAUUUGAAGGCAAAGAGGGGAGUUCUGGUAAGAUUCUGGUAAGAUCAAACUGGAACACUGGUUCUUUGGAGGUGGGGGGAGAUUUUCUGCCCAGUGGGGUGUAGGAUGGGAUUAAAAGCUAUGAAAUGUGGUCUGAGUGACAAGUGUGGAUGUGGGAUUGAUCUGUAGCCUUUCUUGAAGUUGGAGAAGGUCUUGUCCAAAGUGUUUUAUCUCUUGUAGCACAUUCAAUGUGGUGAUGGAAUUUGGGAAGAACUAUUUUACAUCUGCAUGAUUGAAAUCCCCUAUAAUUUAUACUGCAUCAGGUAAUGUAGUGAGAUAUGAGUUGAUAACAUGUAGCAGAUGGCUCUGAUCUGCCUGGUGAGUAUUGUGACUGAACUUUACGAUGUAAGUGACCAACUGAGCUACAGCUGCUUCAGCAUCAACAUUCAUUA